ACAAUCACAAAAGACGUUAAUGUGUCGUGUUAAAAGAAAACUCUAAAGUUGUCUUCCUUUGUUCAUCUUCUUUCACUCAUUUUUCUCCGUCAUUUUCGGAUCCUAAAUCAGGUCAUCAGUAAUCUGGGCCAGGCGGACAUCCAUUAGUUGCAAAAAAAUUCCUUUCUUUUCUUCUCUUUUGAUUUUUUGUUUUAAUAACGAUAACGAUCUUCAAAAGUGUUGUUGCUCUGCUCCAAGUUCAGGUUUUUCUUCUGCGAUAUCGCCAGGUUGUAUUUAAUGAGCUCUACAAGAUAUUAGACUGUAGGAAGCCGUCCUUUACACCAAACAAAAGGAAAAACCAGUGAUAUCGUGUUUGUAGAUUUGUAGAGGAUGUGAAUAGUGGAAUUGAUCUCUCAUUCUUGCUACGUAUCCCAUUCAAAAGUGUGAGGAAGAUAGCACUGGAAUUGAAGGCAACAAUUCAAUAACUAAUUUAGGAAUUCGUGACCAAUUGCUUUGACUAUUAUUUAGAUAAGUGGUGAUUGAAGAAAUUUUUGUUAGUGUUUCUUUUUUUUUUUUUUCAUGUACUUGAAAUUUUUGUGAGAUAAGCAGGGGAACAUAGUAUUACGCACUUUGGGCGAAAUGCCACCAUCCUCCAAACUAUACUCUAAAAUUUCAUCAAUAAGACAAAGAAAAAACCCCAACCACCCUCGAACCCCUUAUUCUCUUUUUCAUGCAUGAAUGAAUAGCCCAGUUUGUUGACUCAAAUCAAAGAAACCUAGUAGGAAUCUGUCUCUCUGUUUGUGAUAGGAGAGUUUUUUUCUCUUUUUCUCUGCAUGUAGACAUAGAUUAUGUCUACAUGCAGAGAAAGUAUGGAAGGACAAAACCAGAUAUUGAUCAACAGAAUCAAGGGAAACUUAAGAAGGCCUUCAUGGGCAUCUGUGCUGCUUCUAUUCACAGUCAUCGCUCUAAUUAGCCUCCUACAGAUCAACAGGGAAUAUUCAAUCAGCUUGCUGAUCCCCUUGGAUUUUGGAUUAAUCUCGGGCUCUCGGCCCGGCCCUCAGAUUAGCAGCAGCUGCUCUGACUUCUUCAAGCAGGUGCCAGCAAGGAAAGUAGUGAAGUCGAUCAGGGAUUUCGGCGGGAUAGGGGAUGGAAAAACCUCAAACACGAAGGCAUUUCGACGGGCCAUGGAAUUUAUGGCGCGUUUCACGGACAGUGGUGGGUCCCAGCUGGUUGUUCCAAAAGGCAGGUGGCUUACGGGAAGUUUCAAUCUCAGUAGCAAUUUCACCCUCUUCCUCGAGCAAGGCGCUGUCAUCUUGGGCUCUCAGGAUCUAAAGGAAUGGCCACUAAUCAAUGCUCUGCCUUCAUAUGGAAGAGGGAGAGAAAGACUGGGAGCGAGACAUAUUAGCCUCAUUCAUGGAAAUGGUCUCACCAAUGUUGUAAUUACAGGGGAAAAUGGGACUGUAGAUGGCCAGGGAAAGAUGUGGUGGGAGCUUUGGUGGAAUAGAACACUGGUCCACACCAGAGGCCAUCUCGUUGAGCUGAUUAACUCUCAGAACAUCCUGAUCCAUAAUCUUACAUUCCUCAACUCCCCGUUUUGGACAAUUCAUCCUGUCUAUUGCAGGAAUAUUGUAAUCAGAAACAUGACUAUUUUGGCUCCUUGGAAUGCCCCUAACACAGAUGGCAUAGACCCAGACUCCAGCGUGAAUGUGUGCGUCGAAGAUUGUUACAUCGAAAGUGGUGAUGACCUUGUGGCAGUGAAAAGUGGUUGGGACCAGUACGGCAUGAAAAUGGCUCGUCCAAGCUCAAAUAUCAUUGUAAGGAGAGUGACAGGCACAACUCCAACAUGUUCAGGAGUUGGUAUUGGCAGUGAGAUGUCCGGAGGUGUUUCUAAUGUCAUCAUAGAAGACUUAUAUGUUAGAGAUUCAGCAGCUGGCGUGCGAAUUAAAACUGAUAGAGGAAGAGGCGGAUACAUUACCAACAUUACGAUAAAUAACAUGAAAAUGGAACGAGUGAAAGUGCCGAUUAGGUUUAGCAGGGGAGCAAAUGACCACCCCGACGAGAGAUGGGAUCCGAAAGCAGUACCUAGAGUAAGAGGUAUUCGUAUCAGUAACGUGGUCAGUCUGGAAUCAAAGAGACCGCCCUUGCUAGAGGGCAUUGAGGAAGCACCAUUUUUGGACAUACACAUGGAAAACGUCAGUAUAUUCGGGCUAGCCCCAAAUAUGAAGUGGAACUGUGAAUAUAUCUCUGGUUCUAGCUGCAGUAUUUUCCCUGCACCCUGUUCCCAGUUGAAAAAUGAAUCAACCUUUCAGUGUCCAAUUCAUUAGACUUAGUGUUCCUUUGGUCAUUUUAUACGAGAUAUACUUUGCAAAAUUCAAAAUGUGAACUUUUAUCCCUUGAAACUUGAAAGUAGUCAUAUUUUGGUUUUAGUGUUUUAGGUGAGGUGACAUAUCAUGCAUAUACCACGCCAAAUAGGAAACCGGUAACAAUCUAUUCUUUUUACUGUAGUUUUCAGUCUCACUUUUCUUCAGACUAGACUGAGCUACAUUUUUGUACCUUAUGAAAGUUUUUACACACAUUUCUAUUGACCAAUUGAAACAAAUUUAUUAUGUAUA